AUGUCCAAUCAGCAGGAUUCUUGGUCUGCACAGCAACGUCCGAUUGGACAGCAAUUCAACCGCCAACACCCACCAGUUCUUCCACCCCCGGCCACUUUAGAACAAGGAGGUCAACAAUUUUAUCCAUUACCCAGUUUGCCUAGUCUUGGAAAUGGAAGUGGCCACCCCCAACAUGGACAUCAAUUCACAAUCCCAUCCAUCAAUCCUAUCAAUGAUACAGCCCAACUCGGACAGGUUUCUGACCAUUCGAGACAAAGUACUGAUAUCAGAAGGCCAUCUGGAGUUGGAGUUGGAGUUGGAUUUGGCACCCCUGGAAGUGCCCCAUUACCACCACCUGCAUCUCUAGCCAACUUGAAUUCGGAGGGAGGGGUACUUAUCAAUAACGAUAUUGGCACAUCUCAGCAACAUAUUCACCACGCGCAACAACAACCACAACAGCAGCAGCAACAGCAACAGCAGCAGCAGCAGCAACAGCAGCAGCAGCAGCAACAGCAACUGAUUCCUCCCCAACACCAACUUCAGCAACAGAACCCAUCAAAUACGACACAACUUCAACAACAUUCUCCGUUGGGAAGUAAUUCGACAGCCGUUUCUGGGCUUCCGAACAGAUCAUCUACAAGCAAUGUUUACAGACCAUUGAAUGUGAAGGAUGCUUUAUCGUAUUUAGACCAGGUCAAGAUCCAGUUCUAUAAUCAGGCUGAGGUCUACAACAACUUUCUUGACAUUAUGAAAGAUUUCAAAUCACAAAGCAUUGAUACCCCUGGUGUUAUCGAUAGAGUGUCAACUUUGUUUAAGGGUCAUCCAAAUUUAAUUCAAGGCUUUAAUACAUUUUUACCUCCUGGGUAUAAAAUUGAGUGUUCCAUGGACCCAUCAGAUCCAAAUCCUAUUCGCGUGACCACUCCUACUGGAACCACCACACGGCCGAAUAUUGCGGUCACAGCCUACAAUCAAGGUUGGAAAAACGAUGAAGCCUCCGCUGUGGCCGCUGCAGCCCAACAACAACAACAACAGCAUCAACAACAACAAAUCGACGAUUCCGCCAAUCAAGCAAAUGGAUCUGGGCAAAUAGAUUUCAACCAUGCAAUCUCUUAUGUUAACAAAAUCAAGACCAGAUUUGCUAAUCAACCUGAUAUUUAUAAGCAUUUUCUUGAAAUAUUGCAAACAUAUCAAAGGGAACAAAAGCCUAUUGCAGAAGUUUAUGAGCAGGUUACAGAAUUGUUUUCAAAUUGCCCUGACCUCUUGGACGAUUUCAAGCAAUUCUUACCUGAUACCAGUAAUCAGGGCUAUGCCCAACAACAAGUGCAGGAAAAACACUUUGUUGGCAACGGAAAUCAAUUACCCCCAGUGGGAAACUUUGGACCUAUUGGACCCAGCCCAUCUCAUUCUCCAUACGGACAACAAAAUCAGCGUUUGCAAGGAGUUCCAGGUACAGCCCAUGACCACCAAAAGGGCGUUUUCGAGACCGCUCAGGGUAUACAAAACUUUUCACGGAAAAAGUCUGUGACAGAGGUUGAGGCUGAGAAUUAUAGCCAAGAAGUUCAGUACUCUGGUGUUCGCUCUGGUUUAGUUGAUCCCAGACAAAACAAAGUUGCUGCUCGUGCUGGUAUCAUCCCAGGUCAAAUAGUUGCCACUCCACCUGUCAAUCCAACAUUGAUUCCUGGUAUUCCUGAGCCUGUUCCACCUCCAGGAACUGCCAAAUCUUCUUCGCUUUCGGAAGAAAUCAGCUUUUUUGAUAAAAUCAAGCGUGCGUUGGGUAACAAGCAAACUUAUAGCGAGUUUUUAAAACUUUUGAAUUUAUUUACACAAGAUAUCAUUGACAAGGAAACUUUGGUUGAGCGUGUUGAUGCAUUUUUAGGUGACUCCAAUGCAGAUUUAUUUGAGUGGUUCAAAUUGUUUGUCGGUUAUGAAGAUAAACCACAGAAUUUGGAGAAUAUUACGUUCAAAAAACACGCCUUGGAGCUCUCAUUGUGUAAGGCUUACGGCCCCUCUUACAGACAGCUUCCUAAAGCCGAGACUUUCAUGCCUUGUUCAGGACGUGAUGAGAUGUGUUGGGAAGUAUUGAAUGAUGAAUGGGUUGGUCAUCCUACCUGGGCUUCUGAAGAUUCUGGUUUUAUUGCUCAUCGUAAAAAUCAAUAUGAAGAGAUUUUGUUUAAAAUUGAGGAGGAAAGACUUGAAUUCGAUUACUAUAUGGAAUCAAAUUUGCGAACCAUCCAGAUAUUGGAAACCAUUGCAAACAGGAUUGCCAAUAUGACUCCCGAACAGAAGGCAAACUUCAAGUUACCUCCUGGCUUGGGUCACAAUUCGACUACAAUUUACAAAAAGGUGAUCAGAAAAAUUUACGACAAAGACCGUGGGUUUGAGGUGAUUGAUGCAUUGCAUGAAAAUCCAGCUAUUGCAGUCCCUAUUGUGUUGAAAAGGUUAAAACAAAAGGAUGAGGAGUGGAAGCGUGCACAGAGAGAGUGGAAUAAGGUCUGGAGAGAAAUGGAGCAAAAAGUCUUUUACAAAUCCUUGGAUCACUUAGGUUUGACAUUCAAACAGGCCGAUAAGAAGCUACUCACAGCUAAGCAGUUGGUAAGUGAAAUUAGUACCGUCAAGGUGGAGCAACAAAACAAAAGGCUUCAUCCACUCACCCCUAAACCACAGGAACAAUUAAAUUACGAGUUUGGUGAUAACGACGUCUUAUUUGAUAUUUUGAAACUCGCAAACGUUUUUAUAAACCGUUCAUCAACGUACUCAGCCUAUGAUAGGAGAAAAUUGACUCAGUUCUUUAAAUUUUUUAUUUCUUUGUUUUUCGGAAUCCCCACAGAGACUGUUGAUGAUGCUUUGACAAAGAGGGGUGGUGUUGAAAGUAACGAAGAAAAUGAUGAAGAGGAGCCCGCUAGUGUACAGAAUAAUGUUUCCGAGUCUUCAAAGAAAAGAGGCCGCGAGUCGGACUUGUUGAAGGAUGUGUUGAAAAAGGCUUCUAAAUCCAAAAAGGACGACCGAGCGGAUUCUCCAGGUCCACAGUCCUUGGAAAAUAUUGCGCAGGAAUUGAACGAUGAGCUUGAAAGAUCAAGUGAAUUGUGGGUCAAAUCGGCCAACACCAAGUAUUCUCAAGCUGAAGAGGCAACUUCCCAAACUAAGCGUAGCAAAUUUAACUUGUUCUGCAAUACCACGAUUUACGUGUUUUUCCGCCAUUUGAGAACAUUGUACGAAAGGCUAUUGGAGAUAAAGAAUAUGAAUGAGGCUGUUGGAAAGGAUAUUAGAAACCGCAAGUAUCCACAAUUUGCAAAAGAUUUGAAUCUUGUUUCACAUCAGUUGGAAGAUAUGGGAGUAAACAUUGUCGGUACAAAGGACUGUUAUCAGCAAGUUCUAAGUUUGGCUAGUAGGUUAAUCGAGGGUGAUAUUGAACACCAAUGGUUUGAGGAGAGCUUGCGUCAGGGGUACAAGAACAAGGCCUACAAGAUGUAUACCGUUGACAAGGUUAUCCAAGCUUUGGUAAAGCACAUGCACACCAUGGUCACGGAAACAAAAACUUCGGAAAUCAUAGUCCUAUUUGAAAACGAUCGUACCAAACCUACUUCAAGUGCAAAGGAACAGAUUCUUUAUCGUAUUCAGGUUCGCAGUUUAAUGUCUUCUGAUGAAAACAUGUUCAAGAUCACUUACAAUGAGGAUACACACAGGGUCAACAUUCAAUUUAUUAGUUUAGAUGAUCUCACUUUGAACGAUCAAGUCAGCACUGAAGAACAAUACAACUACUAUGUAACCAGCUACAUCAUGUCACACCCUACAGAGGGUGUCCCUGCAUCGAAAUUGAAUAUGCCAUUCCUAAAACCAUUCAUAGAGCUGGUUGAUGAAGAUGAUGUCGAAGGUCGUGUUGCUUCUGAGUUGAAGGUUUCAAUCUGUGAAAACUCGUACCGUUUAUACUUUGAAGCUGGAUCACACGACGAAUUUGUCUCCAAUAGUGUCUACAAAAAGCCGGUAGAAGAGGCUGCUAAUAGUGAUGACAAGGUGACAUCCUUGAAAGCUUUAGUGGAUGGUGAAUACGGCUGGGAAUCAACCCUAGAAGAAAACGAAGAUGAAGCUGCUGCAGAUGACGCUACCCGAGUAUUGUUUGAAGAGGGAGGUAAAAAUUAUAAGAAUUAUUUGAAGGAGUUGAGUCUGAAAGCUACUGCUGACACAGAAGCUGUUGAAAAAGAAGAUGGUGGAGAUGCCAAGGAAACCAACGAUGAACCAAAUAAAAAAGAGGACGAGCCUGUCGAUGAGAAGAAAGAUGAAGGAGAAGCCAAAGAAGAAGCUGUAAAUUAG